AUGAGAGCGAGCUUGUCUUGCCAAUGGUGUCGCAAAUCGAAAAUUAAAUGCCGACACAAGGGGGCACCCCCUUGCCAGGCUUGUGCUUCGAAUCCAUUCCGCGAAUGCGUCUUGAGUCUACCUGGGAAGAAAGCUGCUCCUGGUCCUUGUUCGGCCUUGGGCCGAGUAGGACAGGUCUCACGAGUUAUCAAAGGUACUGGUCUGAGCUCUGGGGUACGGAGAGAAGUUCUAGGAGGAGCCCUAGUACCUUCGCCAGGCGCCAACGUCAUCCAAAACGAAAGCUCCUCCGCCGACGUGCCCUGCGUAUUGCCAACGACGGAAGUUCCCGACUCUGGUAUCGCGCCGAAUAAUAGUGAAUAUCCGCUGGCAGAUGUGGCCCGGGAGACCGUCAUAUCUGCGGUCGAGAUCUUUCAGCAGCGCUUCGCGAUGUUCAGCUUCUUACACGGCCCCACCUUACUGUCAUUGAUCUACGGAGGACAUCCGCUGGAUCUCCGAUUCUGUGGCAUUCUGGCAGUAUGCGCACGAUUCAUUCCACAGCUGAUACGCCGCCAUGGCAGUCCUCCGUCCGCGUCUGAGCAUUUUGCCUCGUAUCUACGAUCCAAGAUCACUUGCCAGGCAGCCACUGGACAUGAUAUUGCCGUAGCACAGGCUCUGUUGUUGCUGAGCUUCCAUGAUUGGGGGUCUGCCAAAGGAGGCCAGGCAUGGGCAUAUAUUGGUAAGACCCAACUGCUUAAGGGGCUGAGUGGACCCCGCGCGACACCCUUCCCGGACGUUCUGUUUCGGGCUAUGUGA